ACCGUACCAUUUCACUGACGAAUCUGAUAUUUUAUAAUUUCGUUUCUUAAAACAAAAUGAAGUUAAAUUCGAAAGAUGAAUUCGAUGAUUCCAUUGAAUUAACUAAAAAAGCUUUCAUGAUAUCAGGCUUUGAACUAGGAGAGACUAAAUAUAAUUUUAUUAAAUGGUUCUUUCAUAUUAAUAUACUAUGGCUUUACCUUGACGUUUUUGGAGAGUUCUCUUGGCUGGCGGAAGGUAUGAGGAUGGGUAAAGGUCUAGAUGAACUGUCGAUGGUUGCACCAUGUACUGCCAUUUGUUUGUUGGCAUCUGUAAAGAUAUUGCCAGUUUUUCUCAACAAGCAAACUUUUCAAAAAGCUGUACAUAAACUUAGAUCUAUUCAUCCGGAUGAAGAAGAAUCGGAAGACGUCGAUAGAGAAAUUGUCAUAGAAUCACAGAAAUAUUUGAAGUCGGUAAACAGAAUUUUCUUCUUUACUACCCUGGUUGUUAUCAUUAUGUUUUCUUGUGAACCCUUCAUGUUGAUCGGGUUCGCAUAUUAUAACACAGGGGAGGUGAAGCUGUUGUUGCCUUUCCCGGUCAAAUAUUUCUUCGACGCGUACGCUAAUACUACGAUAUGGAGUUUCAUGUAUGUACAUCAAGUUUGGUCUUCUGUGAUCGUGUGUGUAUUCAUAUUCGCCGCAGACACUUUGUUUUACGCUUUUUGCACGUAUCUGAGGAUGCACUUCCGGAUCCUUGGCCGCCAGUUCGAGAACUUCGUAAGUCCCUCGCCGGAAGAAACCAGGAAGAAUAUGCGGAAAUGUGUUAAUAAACACCAGGAGUUGAUCGAAUUGGUAAAUCUUCUGGAGAUUUUGUAUUCAAAAUCAACACUGUUCAAUAUCACAAGCAGUUCUGUUUUGUUGUGCUUAAGUGGAUUUAACAUUGUGGUGGUACAAAAGACAGGCACAGUUCUCAAGUUCGCUUCGUUCCUGAUGUUGAGUCUUUCGCAAGUAUUCUUGCUUUGCUACUUCGGCGACCUGCUAAUGUCAUCAAGUAUCGAAUUAAGUCAGACAGUCUACAGCUGCAGGUGGUACGAUGUUGAACCAGCCAUCCGAAGAAGUGUCCUGAUCAUUUUAAUUAGGUCUCAAAAGCCGUGCAAAGUGACUGCAUGCAACUUCGCAGAUCUCAAUUUGUCUGCAUUUUCUACGAUUCUCAGCCGAUCGUAUUCAUGUUUUGCUCUCCUGAAAACCAUGUUUGAUUAAAGUUAUUAACUAGAUACUUAGGCACCUACCUAUACU